GCUGAUAAUUUAUAACAACAAUCGUCAAACAUGGCGACUACGAAGGUUAAAGGAUUAUGUGUUCCUCUUACUAAAUUGUACAAAGCAAAUGUACCUACGAUAAGUGCAUUGACACAACGUACGUAUGCAACUGUGGAUGAGGGUGAUACUAAAAUCACCCAUACAGGUCAGGUGUUCGAUAAAGAUGAUUAUCGUUUAGUAAGAUUUCUGAAUAGACCAAAAGAAGUCAAUGAGAAUUGGGCUAUCAAGUUGAUAGAUGAAGUGCCACCAACCCCUGAAAAAGAUAGGAUUGUAGCUUGUGAUGGUGGUGGUGGCCCACUUGGACAUCCCAAAGUUUACAUAAACCUGGAUAAACCUGGCAAUCAUAUUUGUGGUUACUGUGGUUUACGCUUCUACAAAGAGGAUCAUCAUUAGGUCACCACUAUAUAUGGAUAGUUAUAUUAACUAAUUUAUAAACAUUUUAGGAUGCAAUAUUUGUUGUAAUAAAUGGGCUUAAAUAAAACAUGAUGCAAUGAUUGUGUCCACAUAUGCCAAAUGAUAAUAAACACAGAUUUAAAAAAUAUCA